UGGUACCACUGUAUAACCCUCCACAACAAAUCACCCAGCACGUGUAUGUUUGAGUAUGCGUACUGAUUAUACCUUAAUGCUGCUUUAAAUAACCAGCAGCCUCUGUCAGACACACGUGGGAAGGUGCAUUGCAUUAGACGAGAAGAGGUGGAGGGACACAAGUAGGCAGGGGAAGGAACAGAUUGGUGAUGUUGGCAGAAUUAUAGUGUUUUACGGAGGUGAGCAGCAACAGCAGUAGCCAUGAAGACCACCUUCACUACGGUGGACCUGCUGGCCGUGGUGGCUGAGCUCAAGCAGAGGGUGGUGGGGCUGAGGGUGGCCCAGAUAUAUGAUGUGGACUCCAAGACAUACCUCAUCAAGCUACAGAAGCCGGAGCAAAAGUGUGUGUUGCUGCUGGAGUCAGGCUCUCGUGUCCACACCACAGAAUAUGAGUGGCCCAAGAGUCCUGCACCGUCUGGCUUCUCCAUGAAGCUUAGGAAGCACCUGCGUAACAAGAGGCUGGAAGAGGUGCAACAGCUUGGCGUUGACCGAGUGCUGGACCUCAAGUUUGGGUCACAGGAGGCCGAGCACCACAUCAUUGUUGAGCUGUAUGACCGAGGUAACAUUGUGCUCACAGACAGCACCUACACUAUCCUGAACAUCUUGAGGCCCAGAAAGGAAGGAGAGGAGGUGAGAUUGGCAGUGCAUGAAAAGUACCCUCUAGACCGCGCACGCCAGGCCCGCCCCACCCCAUCCAUGGAGGACCUGCGUGCUGCACUCUCUGCUGCCAAAGAGAACACCACCAUCAAGAAGGUUCUCAUCCCCAUGCUGGACUGUGGUGGUGGAGUGGUGGAGCAUGAGCUGUUGGAGGCGGGCCUGCCACCCAACACCAAAGUGACUCAGUGCCUCAGGACAGAGGAAGACCUCGUCCGCCUGCACACCGCUGCCUCCCACGCCCAGGAGGUGGUUACAGACUGGGCCAAGAGACCAGCAUCUCAGGGAUACAUCACUAAGAAGAUGGAGAAACGAAGUAAGGUGGAUGGUACAUUGGAGGAUGUCCCCAUCUACCAAGAGUUCAUUCCAAUCCUCUUCAGACAGUAUGCUGAUGUGCCAGUAGACACAUUUUCAACAUUCAACCAAGCUUGUGACGACUUCUUCUCCAAGUUAGAGUCAAUUAAAAUAGACCAGAAGGCUGUACAGAAGGAGAAGGAGGUGCAUCGGAAGCUGGAGAAUGUGAAGAGAGACCACGAGAGGCGACUGCAGGAGUUAGUGGAGCAUCAGAGAGAGAAUGAGGAACGGGGGAGGUUGAUUGAGCUCAACAAGGACCUGGUGGACAAGGCAAUCUUUGUAGUGAGGAGCACUGUUGCCAACCAGGUUGACUGGGGACAGAUUGACGAGUUGCUUGCCGAGGCCCAGGCACGAGGUGACCCUGUGGCCUUGGUGAUCCGGCAGCUGAAACUGAAGACCAACAGUAUGACUCUUCUCUUGAGUGAUCCAUAUGACUGUGAGGAAGAUGACCUGUUCCUUGACUCAGACGAGGAACGAGAGGAAGGCAAUGAGUCCACCAAGAUGAGGCCAAUGAUGGUGGAGAUUGACCUUGACCUCUCAGCCAUGGCCAAUGCUCGGAGGUACUUUGACCAGAAGCGUCAAGCAGCACAGAAGGAACAGAAGACCAUCAGUGCGUCUCACAAGGUGGUGCAGCUGACGACCAGGAAGACCCAGCAGACCCUGAAGGAGGUGGCUGCUAUCACCAACAUCAAUAAGGCCAGGAAGGUGUUCUGGUUUGAAAAGUUCCUGUGGUUCAUCUCUUCAGAAAACUACCUCGUGCUGGCAGGACGGGAUGGCCAACAAAAUGAGCUGCUGGUGAAGCGGCAUCUGCGGCAAGGGGAUGUAUAUGUCCACGCUGACAUGCACGGGGCAGCCAGCGUGGUGAUCAAGAACCCUAGUGGCCGGGAGCCUCCUCCCAAGACCCUGCACGAGGCUGGCAUCAUGGCACUCUGCUACAGCCGGGCAUGGGACGAGAAGGUGGUGACAUCAGCAUGGUGGGUGUGGGGGAACCAGGUGAGCAAGACAGCACCUUCAGGAGAGUACCUCACCACUGGAUCCUUCAUGGUGAGGGGCAAGAAGAACUUCCUGCCACCCUCUCACCUUGUCUAUGGCUUUGGCUUCCUCUUCAGACUGGAGGAUGAUUCGAUCCCCAGGCACGCUGGGGAGAGAAAAGUCCGCACCCAGGAUGAUGACCGUGUGGAGGAAGCUGAUGCCCAAAAUGAGAUAUCGUUGAUUGAAGAAGAGGGAGAGGAUGAGGAAGAAGAGGAGUCAUCCAAGGAGAGAAAAAUUAAGGAGGAAGGAAAUGAAACUGUGAAGAAAGAAAAUAAUGAUGAAGAAAAUGGAGAGGAGGGUGAGGAGGAGGUUGAAAACAAGGAUGAAGGCAGUGAGAAAGGCACAGGGGACAUCAAGAGUGAGGACAAAGACAAGGAUGCAGAGGAGAGCCAGCAAGAGGAAGUUGUGGAGUUUCCUGACACAAUGGUGGAGAUGUCCCACAUAGGAGGCGCCCAAUUCUCACUUCGCACCAGAACAGUGUCCACUGUCUCCCACACUUCAGGACAGUCUGGGGGGCAGGAUGAUGAGGGAGUGGAGGGGCAGGAGGUGGUGUUCCUGGGAGAUGACAAGCCAAUUGUUGUGCAGAGAAGGAAAAAUAACUCUGUGUCUUCGUCUGGUGGCAAGGGUAAGAAGGGAGGAAAGAAAGGUGGUGAAGGACAGAAGGGAGUACCUGGCCACACCAAUCAGCUGAAGGAGGUGGAGGAGGGAGGGAAUGAGAGCAGCAAGGGAGGUCCUCCCAAGCGUGGUCAAAAAGGCAAGAUGAAGAAGAGGGAGAAGUACCGUGACCAGGAUGAAGAGGAGCGUAACCUGAGGAUGAGCCUACUGCAGUCAGCAGGCAGCAACAAGGAGAACAAGAAGGCUAAGGCUGGCAAGAAGGGGGGCAAGGAGGCGAAGGGUAAGGCACCUCCACCCACACGUGCAGGUCCUAAGAAUGUGCCAGUGGGGAAGGAUGGCCCAAAACCUCCCCAAGAGACUGUUGACACCCAAACACCUACUGUCAAGGAGAAGCCAGCACAGGAAGAGGAGGAGGAAGAUGAGGAGGCAGUGCAGGUGGCUGAUGACCUGGCCAUUCUGGACGCCCUGACAGCCUUGCCUGUGACCGAGGAUGAGCUGCUGUUUGCUGUGCCGGUGUGUGCUCCAUACAACACAAUGACUAACUACAAGUACAAAGUAAAGCUGACACCAGGGCCAGGAAAGAAGGGCAAGGCAUGCAAGACAGCCCUGGCUCUCUUCAUGGGGGACAAAACAGCCUCAGGUCGAGAGAGGGACCUUCUCAGGGCAGUCAAGGAGCAAGAUUUAGCCAAGAACCUCCCGGGGAAGGUCAAAGUGUCAGCCCCACACAUUACCAAAGUGAAGAAGUGAAUGUGUGUGUGUGUGUGUGUGUGUGUGUGUGUGUGUGUGUGUGUGUUUACCUGCUUGUUGAAGGUUGUAAAAACUGUUAUGAUUAUCAGAGAGCAAAUUUGGAAGAUAUGGAAGAUAUCCCACUUUGAGAAAUAAGAUAGGUCUUCCAUAGUUCUUUUUAAUGUAUUAUGAAGAAUAUACUUAAAGGGGUUAAUGCUAAAUGUUAAUUAAGCAACACCAUUGUUGUUUGUUGCAGGUUGAUACUUGUGAUUCCGUGCCUAUAUAUAGGUGUACAGACAGGUGAAAAGACUAGAUUAGAUUAGAUAGACAGAUACCAUAGAUAUAACUAAGUAGGUAGAACAGAUAGUGAAUCAAACUUGUGGGAUGUUCAAGAUGAGAUAUGUUGAUUAUCUAUGAAGUCCAACAUUGUUACAGUGAUGGUCGAUAAAUACUUUGCUGAAC